AUGACUAAUGCUAGUCAGCCCCCAAAUUCUAUAAUAAUCAUGUGGACCUUAUUUGAAGGGAAAAAUAGAGCAGUGCAAGUUGACCUUAACCAAACGAAUUACAAAGACCGUAGUCUUAAUUUGGACCGACUUACGCUCGUUCUCAAAGAAGAGUUUAAUGAACUUCAAAAUGUCUUAUUGAAAAAUUUUCCCUCAAUGACCACAAUACACUCACCUCUUCGUAGCGGAACAUUACUUACAGAAAUAGUAACAACGAAUAUGUCUCCGCUUGUUGUGAGGUACACUUUUUCAAAUGCAACCAUAUGGGCCUAUAAUUUUAAGCCUGUUGUUACUUAG